UACUUAAAGCAGCUGGCCAAACAGCCUGAGCAGCAGAAGCAGCUGCUGCCGCUUUGUGGCCAUUGCCAGGGCAAAGGCUAGGACAGUGCCCAGUUUCCGGGGCCCCGGUAUCCGUCAACAUGCGCUGUGUGCUGCUGCUGCUGCUGCUCGUCGCGGGCGGGGCUUUCUUUCUAGCCCCCGGAGUCUCCAGCUUGCCCACUGUUUCUGCAGAAGAGAAGUUUCUAUUUAAGUCAUGGAUGAAACAGCACAACAAGAAAUAUGAUUUGUCGGAGUAUCAUCACAGACUGCACAAUUUUCUCGAAAAUAAGAGGAUAAUUGAUAAACACAAUGCUGGGAACCACUCAUACAAAAUGGGACUGAACCAGUUUUCAGAUAUGUCCUUUGAUGAAUUCAAAAAGACUUAUCUUAUGAGAACACCUCAAAAUUGCUCAGCUACUAAAGGCAGCCAUGUUCAACGUGUUGGUCCAUACCCAAAAUCUGUGGACUGGAGAAAGAAAGGAAAUUAUGUCUCGCCAGUGAAAAACCAGGGUAUAUGUGGAAGUUGCUGGACCUUUUCUACUACCGGGGGACUGGAAUCUGCUGUUGCCAUAGCAACUGGAAAACUACCCUCUCUGGCAGAACAACAACUAGUGGACUGUGCUCAAGAUUUUAACAAUCAUGGAUGCAAUGGGGGUCUCCCAAGUCAAGCUUUUGAAUAUAUAAUGUAUAAUAAAGGAAUUAUGGGAGAAGACACAUAUCCUUAUGAAGGAAAGGAUGGCACUUGCAAAUUCCAACCAAACAAAGCCAUUGCUUUUGUCAAAGAUGUGGUCAACAUAACACUUUAUGAUGAAGAAGCUAUGACUGAAGCCGUGGCCCACCAUAACCCUGUCAGUUUUGCUUUUGAAGUGACUUCUGACUUUAUGAGCUACCGUAAAGGCAUAUAUACCAACCCCAAGUGUUCUAAAAGUCCAGACAAAGUGAAUCAUGCAGUGCUUGCAGUUGGGUAUGGAGAAGAAAAUGGAGUACCUUACUGGAUUGUGAAAAACUCUUGGGGUACACACUGGGGAGACAAUGGGUACUUCCUUAUUGAGCGAGGAAAGAACAUGUGUGGUCUUGCUGACUGUGCAUCUUAUCCCAUCCCACUAAUGUAACCUGGAAAUACAUAGGGAUGAGCAAAGAUGAAGAAAAAAAAGAAGACAUCGUGUGCUGAACUACAACAUAUCAUAAAACCUAAGUGAAUGAAUCCUGAGUUUUAAGUUGGCCAUGAGGACCCAAAGUUAGUUAGUCACUGUGAAAUUUCUUGACCUUCCACCUCACUUGAGAAAAAAGUCCUUAGGGAAGUCAGCUUUAUGGAAUAGAAAGUUUUCCAAUGGUUUCUGUCCUCUUGUGACAUCCAUUUAGCCAUGCAGCCUGGGGGGGGGAGGCAGGGGGGUGGUUCAUCCUUUUUCUUACCUUGCUGAUUAAAGCACUCAGUAAAACAAGGACACUAAAUAGCAGCAAACUGCUCCCAGGGAUUUUGACACACACAUUCAAGUGAGUCAAGAGGUAAUAAAAGCAUCAUGUUUUUUACAUGAAAAACCACCCAAUGCUAUGGUGGCCAUUUCAUUCUCAGGUAAUUUUUAUUCUUUGGACAACAAGCUUCUCUUUUUAAAAAUCAAAUGUAUUUUAAAGCAAUGUGUGAUUUUCUAAGUCUAUUUUUGCCAUAUGCUAGUUGCUAUUUUUUAAAAUAUAUUUUGAUAAGAAGUCCAUUUGAUCAACUAGAUAUACAUUAGAUUUGAAAUCAUUUUGGUUUACAGUCAGUUUGAGUCACGGGUAAAAUUUGACUCAGCUGAAAUUGAGGAAACCUGAUGACUGAAUCACCUUGCCUUAGAGCAGGCCUCAGAACCUCUCGCAACCUGUUCCUCAUUAGUAAAAAAAAAAAAAAAAAAAAAAGGGGGGGGGUGAUGCAUGGGAUAGAAUGAAACAUUAUGUAGAGGUCUUCAGAAUUCUGCCAGCAUAAUUUUCAUUUGCCUUACUAAGCAUCACAGCAGUGACACCUGGGAAUUCAUAGCCAAAAUGUCAUCUUAUUGGGACUAAGAUGCUAUUGCAUACAAAUAAACUGAAUAAAGAUACUUGACUAUUUCACAA